AUGCAGCCCAAGGUGAACAAAUUGUCGCCGCAGCGGAAGAACACCGUUCACCAUCUCCCCGAUGAUGACAUAAACCUUUUCUUCCGCGUGCUGCGCUUUCUCUCCGCCCACCCCCACCUCGCCACCCUCGACAAGGCCACGGAGCGCCUCGAUGGGGCCGACAGCAGCCGAUCCACUACUCCGUCCGCGCCGGUCGCCAGACGCGGCGUGCAGUGCACCCAAACUGGAACGAACGCCUCCGUGAACGACCGAGUUCCAACGCCGCCCGUACUGCGAGAACCGCUGGAAGAGUUCCGCAUGAUGGCGACGAAUUUGCCCAUCGACCAGGAAGGGCUUGAGGUGGCGCGCAAGACUGUGUGUGAGCUUCUGGAGGGGCUCUGCCACAAGCUUGCAGAUCCUGCCAUCACGAAGGAGCUGCGGCAGAGGGUACUGCUGACGGACGAGAACGAGCUUCUGGGAAACUCGAGCAACAGAAGCGGCGCACUGGGCAGCUCUGCCGUGGCGUGCGGCGCCAUACGUAGUUUAGGCAGCUUUGGCGUCGAUAGCCUCAACCAGAUGCAAGAAAUUGUCCCUGGUCUGUGGUGCGGCUCCUACCACCCAGGGACCGACCGCGAGCUGAUGAAGCGCCACGGCAUCACACACGUGUGCUGCUGCAUUGACACGCCGCCAAGCUUCCCGGGGGACUUUAAAUACAUGAGGCUGUCGGCGGACGACCGCCCCGACUACGACAUGACGCCGCAUUUUGCGCACACCUUUGAGUUCAUCGAGGACGCGCUGGUGAAGAACCAUGGCGGUGUGCUCGUGCACUGCGGCGCUGGCAUCUCUCGCGCGCCGACGGUGGUGUCAGCUUAUCUGAUGCGGAAGCUGCGCCUUUGCUCGUCUGCUGCCAUUUAUCUUGUUCAGCAGCACCGCCCGUGUGCGUCGCCAAACACUGGUUUCCGGCAACAGUUGUACGAGUACGGCAUGAGGAUUGGUGUGAGUGAGCAGGGACCGGCGGCGCGUAGGGAGCUGGCGAGCGAGAGCAUUUGGCGUGCGGGGAAUGCUCUGAGGAGGGCGUAA